UUUUCGGCGAGGCGACAAGGUUUUGUUAUUAUGAAAACACACUGCAGAUGGAAAAAAAAAUCGUCUGUUGCUUUAGUGUGUUGAUAACGGAAAUAAAAUCGGAAUAGAGAACGGGUGAAGUCCUAGGUUUUAGUGAUUCGCUUUCCGAAGAAUGUCCGACCAUUGUGGGUCCCACAAAGUGAAGGCACGUUAUUCGUCUCCUCAGUAGGCCGGCCUCAGAGCGGUCCCUUUGAUGUACCCGCGUCCCCAGCCCCAGUUUUCCUAUCCGUCCGCCCACAGCCUGCCGCCUCCCAGCCGCGCGGCGGCGAGGUACGAUAAGACUUUAACAUUACGGCGUGACAAACGAGGCGAAGGGGGAGGCUGCUGAGGAGCCUGGAUGCUUCCUGACGGAGGUGUGCGGAUGGGAUGGAGGAGGAUCGGGACCGGAAGAAGCUGAAGAGAAGCAGAUUUUGGUACCGCGACGAUGCUGGCGCUUACACUGGCAUGCCCUCAGACUGGGCACGGAAGAAGGCGCGAGGGAGGCACGAUGGCGCGGAGCAAGGAGAGCAGGACGCGGAAGGGCACGGCGCGGCGCACGACCGAUUUCUUCCGCUCGUGAGCGACGGGCACGACGCGGCCGCGAAGAGCUUGCCUCCUCUCCUGACGAGGAUGGAUUCCUGGGGGGGCGUGGCAGGGGGCGUGGCAGCGUGGCGAGGCGCCCUCGGGGACGAGGAGCACGAAGUCAUGGCGAACUUGUUCGAAUCAUGCCAACUGCAGGGCGACCGGAACCCCCUGAAGAUCGUCCGCGCGAGCAACCAGUACCUGUUCGAUGACGCGGACACCCCUUACCUCGACUGCGUGAAUUCCGUCGCCCACGUUGGCCAUUGUCAUCCUGCGGUCGUUGAUGCCGUUGCAGGAACUGUAGGAUCUCUCAUGAAUCCCUGUGGAUGGGAUUUUGACUACGGUGAUAUUAGAUACCCAAAGGAUCUUCAGUCGUACCUCCCAGACAGUCUUAACACUUUUUUAUUCUGUAACUCAGGGUCAGAAGCUGUUGACUUAGCUGUCCAGCUAGCCAGACUGUAUACCCGGGGCAAUGAUGUUCUAGUUGUUGAUAAUGCCUUCCAUGGCUCUAUCGACUCAGUGCAUCACCUCUCCCCUAAAGUGUCCAAGGCUAAUAAUAUUUCAUCAGUGGAUUGGGUGCAUGUGAUUACAAUGCCUGACCUAUACCGAGGGCCUUAUCAGGGUGAUGAUCCACUGGCAGUCAAGAAAUACAUAGCCAAUGCGAGAGACAUGCUUGAUAAAAUUCGCCUAAAUGGAAGAAAGAUUUCUUGCUUCAUUGCAGAGCCCAUGUUGACUAUCCCUGGUUGCAUCAUUCCACCAGAUGUUUGGCUCCAAGAUAUGUACAAAAUGGUUCGAGAUGCAGGUGGUCUGUGCAUAGCUGAUGAAGUACAGACAGGCCUGGGUCGCUUAGGUUCACAUCUAUGGUCGUUUGAAGCUCAAGGUGUCACCCCUGAUAUUCUCAUCAUUGGUAAAGCUAUUGGUAAUGGGUAUCCAAUGGCUUGUGUUGUAACAUCCUCAGAUAUUGCAGCUCUUCUGGGAAGCAGAAUUAAAGAGUAUAAGUGCACAGCAGUGAUGAACGCUGUGGGCUGUGCUGUGCUGGAUAUCCUGCACCGCGAUCAAUUUAUGGCCUCUGCAGCAACUGUAGGAUCCUUUCUACUAACAGAGCUGUCAAAGCUAAGAAGAAAACAUGAAUAUAUUGGUGAUGUCAGAGGAAGAGGUCUGUUGUUUGGAGUGGAAGUGGUGUGGAAUAAACAGAGCAAGAAGCCUGCUAAAGAAAUUGCAGAGCAAAUUGUGAAUAGAAUGAAGCAAGAAAAUAUCCUCCUUGCCAAUGAGGGAGAUCACCGAAACAUUCUGAUGAUUAUGCCUCCCAUGUGUUUCACCCAGGAGAAUGCAGUUCUUUUAAUUGAGAAACUGGAUAAAGUCUUCACAGAAUCAUACAGUCAGAGAUUUGUCAGAGACCGUGUGACAAGUAUACCAUCUUUAAACCAAAAUGUUCAAGCCAUCCCAAGUGUGAGUGAUGGGCGCCUGGGCAUCAUCCAGCCACAAGAGGAGGAAGAUGAUGAAUUAAUAGCGGCCUCAAGAGAUACAAUGGACCUUGAAUAUGCUCAGCAUUGCUAUCAUGACCUUGACUAAAUCUAGUUUUCUCCUAUAUGUAAAUUUCUUUUUUGGUCCAGAGUUUUUGUAAGAAUAUAUAAUAUAUACCCUAUUCUUUUCUUUUUUCUUGGAAAUAGAUUCCCUGCCCCUCUUUGUCUGUUUUCCUUAUUUCAUCAUUUUUAUUGAUUUUAUAAUUUAUCCAGUACUUACAAAGAAAUAUCUUCAUCAUAAACAAGUUUGUUGUACAUCGAAAAGUCUUGAAUGAAAACAUUGCAAUUUGCAAUUUGUAAUACUGAUCAUAAGUGCCUAUGUAAGGGAUAUAAAUGAAAAUGGUUAUUAAAUGAUGGUUACUAGAACUUAAAAAAAAAUCCAUGCAACUGUUAUAUUUAUUAAACUCAAAUUUUUUAUGUUUUAUUAAACUUUGUAGGUACAUAAUUGUAGAUGGCACACUGAUCAAUGGCUCAACUUUACUAAAUAUUUCAGUGUUCUGUAACAGGAUUAUUUAUCCUCUUUGCAAUAAAAUGUACUCAAAUUCUAAUCUAACAUUAUCUUCUGGUACAAAAAUGGACUAUUUAGAAUGUAUUAAACAUAAAAAGGAAAUGUAUGUCAAAAGUAUCGCCUUAUUUAAAUUCAUUAAACUUUUUUUUUUUGUCAUCUUUGUCUAAAUGGCAUUUCUGUUAUACAAAGUUUGUUUUAGUAAAUAUAAGAUAGUCUCUCUUUCUGAUGUCAUUGCUACCUCUGCUACCAUGAGAGUAUCACAAAAGAGUGGCAGGGGCUUUCUUAUUGCAUGGCAGUUGUUUUUUUUUCUGUGUAUGUACAAAGUGUUCUUGUCUUUUGGUUUGUCUGAUUGUACAUGUUGUCAGUGGCAGGUUUGAAAUAAUGAUUCUCAUGUGUGACUGGGAUGUUUGCAGAACUGUGAUCAAAAACUGGCUUAUGUGCCGGUGAUCUAUGAUAUAUUUUUUUACUUUGUUUUUAAUGCUGAUAGUCCCAUUAUUACCAAUGUACAUAUAUAUUCCAGCAAUUUGAUAUGAUGAACAUCUGUUCCUUCUUGAUAUGUCAGUGGUCACAAGUAAUUAGGAGGAGCUAUUAAUAUAAUAAAUUGUAUUUAUUUGUGUGUUUGUUAGGGAAAGCUUUUACAAGUGUAUAAGAAAAUUAACAUCACUUGUCUGAAUAAUCUACACCUAUAAUUGAAUGAAGGCAUGAGAGGGGUUAGUGCCAAAUAAAUAGUAGAAGCCCAAUAAGAAAAAAUGAAUUUGUUUAACCCAUUCGCCCCAUGUGGCUAGAAUACAUGCCAUGCCCACUGUAAUACACGUUUAUUUAUUGUAUUUAUACAUAAAUGGCUCUACAAGUUCUUAUUCACUAAAUAGCCAGUUUAUUAGAACUACCUAUCUCACCUGUUUACCCUUUUUCUUCACUUUAGGAAAGGGUCUUUUGUAUCAUUUCAUUGUCUAAAAUAUUUUAAUGACAAUUUAAUAAUCAUAACAUCAUAACAUCGAUAGCAAUGGUAUUAAUCCAUUGCCGUCGGGGAAAAUAAAUAAAAGAUGCGGAAAUACUGUGCUCAUUUUUUAUAUUUUUUGUGAAAUAUCUCUACACAUAGAUGGCUCUGCCUUACAUGAUUUCACCUUUCCUUGAAUUGGCAGGAAAAUGUACUUUUUAUUAGUGCUAUGAAUAUUAAUGGUGUUAUUUUUAUUAUAAACAUUAUAAUUAAUAUAAUGUUAUAAACAUUAGUAGUAGCAGAAUUAGCUAACGUAAAAUAUUUUUGUAAAUUAAAGAAGAGGGUGAACGGGCGAUACAGGCAGUACUCGUAAUUGGCUCAUUGGUAGUUUAGUACAAGUAUAGCCAUGUAUGUGUAAAAACAAUCAAACAAGUCGACUCACGGUGGGCAUGACAUGUACAUACAUGCCAUGCCUGUCAGGAAAGGGUUAAUAAAAAAAAGACAUUUUCCCGCCAAUUCAAGGAAUGGGAAAAUCAGGAUCGGUAGCUAGGGCCUACUGAUAGACUCCUUGCCAGCUGAGCACAUGUGCAGCUGUCUAUAAAUUCUUAAAUUCACCAAAAAUUGCAGGGGACAGAACAUAAAUCUGGGGCGAAUGGGUUAAUGCUAUGGGUAUGCUACCACAUAACUGUUAUAAAUUAUAUGGUGCUGUUUAGUCCACAUUAACAAAUUGAUUUCAGUUCUUUCAUGAAUAGGUAAUGAAGAUUUAUUUCCAGCAUUUACAUUGUAAGAUAAUACACAGUACUAACUCAUGAUCAUCUCUGGAGACUCAUAUUGUUCAAUUUUGUUAGCAUUUACCCAUAGCAAUAUGUUAUCAUCAAAUAUCUUGGUCUUUUAUUGUUUUUCCUCUUGAAUGGUCUUAAUUGUUCAGUCUUACAGUUUGUUAAUUAUAUAUGAUGUGCUGGAUUUCACUCUUCUUCAUUGUCAUGUACGAGUUAGUAAAUUGUGAAUGAUUACAAUCUCUUGAGCACCAGGUAGUAUGAUAUGUUUACAGAGACUUUUUUUUAAGUGGCAAAAUAUAUUGUGUUUGUAAAGGAGAAUCAAUACAUGUACUUCUGCAUGAACAUCAGUAACUGUCUUUCUGUUUUUUCUUUACUUUUUACUUUUUAUAGUAUUGUGUUCAUGAUGUUGAUAUAACCAGUGUGUAAAUCCUUUAUGUAACUGCAUGCUGUAAUGAGAAGAAAGUGAGUGAAUGUUAAUUACAUGGGUUACUGAAGAUAAGCACUACUGAGCUUUAAUAGUUAACAUUGAAAAUUAAACAAGAAAUUUGAUUGAAAUUGAAAGAGGAUGGAACUGUGUGGUAAAGCAUUAUUUCUUGUGACUAUUGACACUAGCCUGUGCUAUUUCAACCAAAUCCAUUCAUAUGCAAGACUGUUACUUCACUUUCAUUCUAUGAAAACCUUUUUAGAAGUCUUCGUGACAGGUCUAAAUUUAAUUAUAAGAAGUUGACCUUAAUGACAAGAAGAGUAGUUACUAUUAUAAGAUUUUCAUUGUACUUUGGGGGAAAUGCAUAAUAGAUCAUUGUAAAAGUAUGCAGCUGACAUCACAUGGCAAAUGUCAGAAGAGUAGUAGGAGUUCAUGAGCUAAUUAAAAAUCAAGAGGCUCCAGUAUAAAGUCUGUCAUUUCUCAUGUUUAAGGCUGCUAAUGAUUAGACCUUUAGGCAUUUAUGUAAUAAGAUACUUGGUAACUUGGGCCAUUCAACUGUGGGAUGAAAUUGAGUAUAAUUUUAGUUAAUGAAACAGGCUUGAAGAAUAUACAAAUCUGAAAAAACUUGUCUAUAGAAAGCUUACUUUAAGUAAAAGGGUUUUUUAGUCAAUUUCCAAAGAAAAAUGAUUGUAAUGUUGAUGUUAGUAUUCGAUAACAUUACUUAAACUAUCAAUUUGAGUGAUCCCUCAUUUCUGAUAAUUAAACACUCAAAAGAGGAUCUAUCAGUAGCUUAACAUUUUAUCAAGAUUUUAGUAUUUCUACAUUUCAUAUACAUGAAAUAUCAUGUAACCUAAACACUCAGAUAGUAAAGAUCAGAGUAUGAAGAUUUAACUAAAUAUUCUGGCUGUGUAAUGGUGAAAGCUCAUCAGCAUCAUUUUUGAAAUAUGUAAGCACCACUCAUUGUAAAUAUAUUAGUCAAUUGGUGAAAUGAAGAUUACUUGAUUACCUGAUAAAGGGCAAUUUAAACUUCGUCUAUUGUUAGAAAAUUAUUAACAAAUAGAAGUAAGCUCGUGUCCACUAAAUCUAAACUUAACCUACAUAAUGCUGUGGUUAAGAAAUCAAACUCUACAAUAUGUUAAACUGUAUAUUGUGUUUAUAAUAGGUGGAAUGAUGAAAAUGCUGUCAAUAAAUGUGAUAUUUCUGUUA